AUGGAGAAGGUCGGCAAACGAGCUAACGGAUUACCUGAUGGUAAGCAAUCAGCGCCGCCCGUGGACACCCGCAACGGAGGAGUUACGAAAGUGUACUACGAGAAGCAGCGAUAUGAUGGCUGGUUCAACAACAGAGCUUACCCCGACUGGGGUUCCGUUGCCAACACGUUUAUCACGUCCGCCGCUCUGAUUGGGUUAUUCCAAGAUAACAAACACAUCAAUCAGGCUAAACCUGCAUGGAUGGCGUGGCUGGGCAACUGGCUGCUGUACAACAUGUAG